AUGCUCACUAAAAUUUUGUUCCUAUUUCUGGCCGGCCUUAAUUGUGUCAUAUCGGUUAAGCCUCCUCAGAAACCAGCACCACGACCGUGGUCGACAUUUGCAGAAAACGUCAUCUUCCAGCCUGACUCCAACCACAGUAUUCUCUAUCCGCGGCAAGUCGAACUAUCAGAUGGAAGCCUGCUUGCGACAGCCUCGUAUGGGGGGGAUAAAAUUCCGUAUUUUCCGAUCUUCCGAAGUGCAGACGGUGGUGCUACCUGGUCCUGGAUCUCCAACAUGACAGACCAAGUUAAUGGGUUAGGGAUGGCGGCUCAGCCCGCGCUGGCAGAGGCACCGUUUGCCAUUGGCGACUUCCCAGCCGGCACGGUCCUGGCCAGUGGAAACAGCUGGGGAAGCCAGAGCACCAAUAUCGAUAUAUACGCCAGUGAAGACAAAGGUUACACAUGGAAAUUCGUCAGCAAUGUGGCGAGGGGCAGUGGACCGGAUACUACAAAUGGGAAUCCAUGUAUUUGGGAGCCAUUCAUCCAAUUUUUCAACAACACAGUUGGCGUGUUUUACUCUGAUCAGCGUGACCCGCUGCAUGGCCAGAAGCUUGCUCACCAGGAAUCGACAAAUUUGAAAUCCUGGAGCCCGGUGAUAAAUGAUGUGGCAUAUCUCAACUAUACUGACCGUCCUGGAAUGACGGUUAUUUCCUAUAUUCCACCUUUAGAGAAGUGGAUUCUGGUGCACGAGUUUCCAGGGGGAGAUAGCUGGUCUGGGGCAGGCUAUCCGGUCUACUAUCGAUUGUCUGGUAGCCCAUUUGAUUUCCGCUUUGCUUAUGGUUAUCCAAUCGUCGUAGACGGGAUACAGCCGAGCUCAUCUCCUUAUGUUGUCUGGUCCCCAGUCGGGGGUGUCAAUGGAACCAUUGUUGUCAGCGACGCUGAUCAUGGCAGCGUUUUUACCAACCAAGCCAAUGGCCAGCCUGAUCAGUGGAAAAUUCACGCCACGCCACAGCCAGCCGCAUACAGCCGGAGCCUACAUGUGUUUGAAAAGCAUCCCGAUCACUUGAUGAUACUGGGUGCAGGUGUGUUUGAUCAAACAGAGAAUUUGCCGCUCUAUCUCAGUGUUGUGAGCUUAACGGAUACCUUGAGGCAACCAGCUGGUAAUUAG